UUACGGCAUCUCCGGUUCGACGAACGUCCAAGGAGAAGAGGUGAAGAAGCUGGACGUGCUGGCGAAUGAUCUGUUCAUCAACAUGCUCAAGUCGUCGUACACGACGUGCCUGCUCGUCUCCGAGGAGAACGAUACCGUCAUUGAGGUGGAGACGGAGAAGCAGGGCAAGUACAUCGUCUGCUUUGAUCCGCUCGAUGGCUCUUCAAACAUUGACUGUCUCGUCUCCAUUGGUUCCAUCUUCAGCAUCUACAAGAAGGACAGCACCAGCAAGCCAGACGUGAGUGAUGCCCUCAAACCGGGCAGGGAAAUAGUGGCCGCUGGUUAUGCCCUGUACGGCAGUGCCACCAUGGUCGUCAUCUCCAUCGGAGCAGGUCCGGUCAAUGGAUUCAUGCUCGAUCCGGCAAUUGGCGAGUUUAUUCUCACAGACCCUGACAUGAAAAUCAAACCUCGCGGUAAGAUCUACAGCAUCAACGAGGGUUACGAGAGUCAGUGGGACGAGGCGGUGAAGAAGUACGUCCAGUCGAAGAAGUUUCCCCAAAACGGAAAGGCAUAUGGCGCUCGCUACGUUGGAUCCAUGGUCGCCGACGUGCAUCGAACUCUUAAGUACGGUGGCAUCUUCAUGUACCCCGCGACGAAGGAUGCGCCCAGAGGCAAGCUGCGUCUGCUGUACGAAGGCAAUCCAAUGGCGUACAUCAUCGAGAAGGCGGGCGGCCUUGCGAGCACCGGGAAGAUGGCCAUACUAGACGUACAGCCACAGCAGAUUCACGAACGAGUGCCGGUCUUCAUGGGGUCCAGUGAAGACGUCCAGGAGCUGCUUGCCUUUCACCAACAGAACUGA